CAUGGAAGUUUGAUUGUUGUCGUAGCUGGUUUCACCACGCACGUAGCUCUAGGCGCGAGCAGGACGAUUUAUAUGCUCUACAGAAGAGCAUUCGUAAAUGUUGGCUUAAGACAUUUUGGGGCGAUUAACGCGACUCCACGAAUAAUCGGGCACACACCUACGAUGUCAGCACACCAACGUUGAUGGAGCAGUGAAUUUACUGGAGGAAGUUUCUCUGACUACAGGGCAGGCAAUUGAAAACUGGAUGGGAUCAUCGGUGCUCUGCUAGCAACAUGGACCUCGGACUUCCAUUUAGUUCUGUCUGUGCUGAAACACAACAGGUUGACCUGAGUGUGAUGGUGAAAGAAGAAGAUAUAAAAGAGGAGGAAUAUGAUCAUAUGAUUUCAUGUCCAGAUGAAGAAGAAAAGCCCUUGGCAGAGUUUCACUGUAAAACUGAAGCAGACGUCACAGAGUCACCAAGGUCUACGUACAAUGAACUGCCACAGACAACAGUGAAGACUGAAGAGGAGGAGGAGGAGGAAGAGGAAGAGGAGGAAGAUGAAGAAGAAGAGGAGGAGGAGGAAGGGGAAGAAGAGGAGGAGGAGGAAGAAGAAGAAGAGGAGGAGCAACUCGACCAUCUGCUAGAAAGUGUAUCAGAACACCAACAUAUAAUGCAACAGAAGAUCCACGGACAGAAUGAUGAACUCAACCCGCAACAUGAAGGAAGUCUCUACCACUGCACAGUCUGCAGGAAGAGCUUCACGGCCCCGACGGAACUCGAGCAACACCAGCAAACUUCUUGCAAAACGCCACACAGACAUUCUCAUUGUGAUCAAGCAUUAACAACACCCUCACCAGUCAACCACUACAAGUUUACCCAUACAGGAGAGAGGUGGCAUAAAUGUUUUCAGUGUGGAAAAGCUUUCACACAAAUGGAACUUCUUAAGGCUCACGUGCGAAUACAUGCUAAUAGAUAUCAUGAAUGUGCCCAGUGUGGAAAAGCAUUUUCAACAAAUGCAAGUCUUAAAAGCCAUAUACGGACACACACUGGAGAGAGGCCUCAUCAACGUGACCUGUGUGGAAAAACCUUUUCACUAACAUCAACUCCUAGAGACCACCUGCGUACACACACUGGAGAGAAGCCUCAUAAAUGUCUCCAGUGUGGAAAAGCUUUUAAACAAAUUUCACAUCUUAAAACUCACAUACUUACACACACUGAAGAUAAGCUUUGUCAAUGUGUCCACUGUGGAAAAGCAUUUUCAACUAACUCAAGUCUUGCAACUCAUAUACUGAGCCACACUGGAGAGAAGCUUCAUAAAUGUUUCCAGUGUGGAAAAGCAUUUUCAACAAAUGCAAGUCUUAAAAGCCAUAUACGGACUCACACUGGAGAGAGGCCUCAUCAAUGUGACCAGUGUGGAAAAACCUUUUCACUAACAAAAACUCUUAGAGACCACCUGCGUAUACACACUGGAGAGAGGCCUCAUAAAUGUCUCCAGUGUGGAAAAGCUUUUAAGCAAAGAGCAACUCUUAAAGUCCACAUGCGAAUACAUACUGGAGAGAAGCCUAAUGAAUGUACCCAGUGUGGGAAAGCUUUUGCAACAUCUCAAGAACUUAAACGCCACAUGCUAACACAUACUGGAGAGAAGCCUCAUAAAUGUGUCCAGUGUGGAAAAGCUUUUUCACAACUUUCAACUCUUAAAUGCCACAUGCUAACACAUACUGGAGAGAAGCCUCAUAAAUGUACCCAGUGUGGAAAAGCUUUUGCACAACUUUCAGGUAUUCAAUGCCACAUGCUAAAACACACUGGAAAGAAGCCUCAUCAUUGUUCCCAGUGUGGAAGAACGUUUUCAUUACACUCGACUCUUAAAAAACACAUGCUAACACACACUGGAGAGAAGCCUCAUAAAUGUCUCCGAUGUGGAAAAGCUUUUACACAAAGCGCAACUCUCAAAAGCCACAUGCUAAUGCAUACUGGAGAGGAACCUCAUAAAUGUGUCCACUGUGGGAAAGCUUUUUCAAAAAUUCCACAUCUUCAAAUUCAUAUACUGAGCCACACUGGAGAGAAACCUCAUGAAUGUUUCCAAUGUGAAAAAGCUUUUCCAAAUAGCAAAACUCUUAAAAGGCACAUGCAAAUACACACUGAAGAUAAGCCUCAUAAAUGUACCCAGUGUGGAAAAGCUUUUUCACAAAUUCAAUAUCUUAAAAGUCAUAUGCUGAUACACACCGAAGAUAAGCCUCAUAAAUGUGUCCAGUGUGGGAGAGAAUUUAGACGCCUCAGAACUCUUCAGCUACAUAUGCUAACGCGCACGCACAGGCUUUUUCAAAGUGAACAGCAAUCCAAAAAUUGACGGUGAUGAAGUAUGAAUUGACUAAUAGAGAUGAUGGAAGGAGAGUCAGUUAGUUUAUUUACUUGUUGUCCCCUUAAGGAAAUGACUUUUCCCAUGUUCCCAUACGCGUCAUCGUACAUGGUGGCAGGCACAGAGAUAACACAUACAUGGUCGA